AUGGAGCACAGACAUCAGCGAGCUCACCUGCCGAGGUCUCUAGCUGAGCUUGACUACGACCAAGGCACUGACCUCCGACACAUCGACGACAAGGACCUCAACUGCCACGACGAUCACCCAAAGCCAUGCUUCCUACUCCAUGGCAUUCAAGCUCAACAGCUUCAAGUGAUCGUGCUUACCAGUGGAGUGGACGAUGGUGAUCUUUUCACAUCAGAAGCCAACACUCCCACCACUGCUUCCAACAGCACUCUACCUUCCUCUCGCGGCAGCUCAACUUUGUCACAGCUAGCUAGCAGUCAGUGCUCUGAGCUUACAGAACUUUAA